GUCCUCUCUAUGCUGCUCUUCAUCUCUCCCAACGCUACUCUUGCCAAGAGAACGAAGAUGGACGGCUUGAACAUGAACGUGAUCGAUCGGUGCUGGAGAUGGAACCCCAAUUGGCGAAGCAACAGGCAACAACUUGCCACUUGCUCAGUGGGUUUUGCUGGGAAGAUGACCAACAAUAUUGGAACGGGCCUCACGCAGUACGUAGUCACCGAUCCGAGCGACAACCCGCUAGACCCCAAACCAGGGACUCUGAGAUAUGGAGCAGCGAUGAUCGGAGGGAAGAAGUGGAUCACAUUCCAAAGGAGCAUGAAUAUCAGACUCGAGAAACCGCUUCUCAUUAGCAGCUUCACAGCCAUUGAUGGCCGGGGUGCCGAGGUUCACAUUGCCGGCAAUGCAUGCUUGAUGAUAUACAAGGCAAGCAACAUAAUCAUCCAUGGGCUUCGUAUCCACCAUUGCAAGGCACAGGGACCGAGCUCAGUGAUGGGUCCAGGGUCAAAGAUAAUGCCAGUGGGUCCGGUGGAUGGAGAUGCAAUAAGGCUGGUUACUGCUUCAAAGGUGUGGCUGGACCAUAACACACUGUAUGAGUGUGACGAUGGUCUUCUUGAUAUCACUCGGGGCUCUACAGAUAUCACUGUCUCCAACAACUGGUUCAGGUACCAGAACAAGGUCAUGCUUCUCGGGCACGAUGAUGGCUUCCUGCGGGACAAGAACAUGAAGGUUACUGUCAUGUACAACCAUUUUGGACCUAAUUGCAACCAACGCAUGCCGAGGAUCCGCUAUGGAUAUGCACAUGUGGUGAACAACCUUUACCAGGGCUGGAUGCAGUACGCCAUAGGGGGAAGCAUGAACCCUAGCGUCAAGAGCCAAGCCAACCUCUUUAUUGCACCAAAAUCAGGGAACAAGGAGGUGACCUGGAGAUCUAAGAGCAGCAAUGAGGAAACAAGCUCAUGGCAAUUCUUCUCUGUGGAUGAUGCUUUUGAAAAUGGAGCUUCUUUUGUUCAUUCAGGUACUGCUGCUGGUAGUGGUGGGGCAAAGCCAGGCUAUAGCCGUGAACAAUUUUUCUCAGUUGCAGAUGCAAAAUCUGUGAGGUUGUUGACAAAAUCUGCAGGUGCCUUACGAUGCACCCCACGAUCUAGAUGCUAA